AUGGCUCUGACUACCAACAGCAAGACUCCGUGGAGCGAUGGUUCUCUAACGCGGCCUAAAGAUGCCCGAUUGCAGGAAGGGUGUGUUUGCACGUCAGGGUCACCGGACAAGCGUUCAGGACCCCUCUUAAAAAGUCUUCAGCUGGCAGAGUGGAGAUCGUGGGGUGAUUCCACCGGCGCUUCUCCGAGCCAGCGCCGCAAAUCCGGGCGCAAUUUCGACGUGAUGAACUUCGCCCAAGUUUCUGCGUUGUUUGUGACCCUCCUGACCCAGUGUGCCAUCCCCGGAGUCCUUUCUGAGCACUGUGACUUUUUGCUGAAUAUUCGAUUGCUUGAAGAGGAAUGUUACAGGACACUUGCUGGAGACAACCAGAGCUUGGAGACAGGAUGCAGAGGAAUGUGGGACGAUAUCAACUGUUGGCGUCACGCAAGAGUUGGGGAGACGGUUGUAAUGCCUUGUCCAUGGUUUCCUGGCAUUUUCCUGAACACUGAAGCCAAUGUCAGCAGGAACUGCACGAGCGAGGGGUGGUCAGAGCCUUCGUCGUCCUACUUAACUGCCUGCGAAAUUAACAACAGCACUCCACCCAGCGAGCAGAAACAGUUCUACAGAGCGGUGAUGACAAGUUACACCAUUGGGCACAGCUUGUCCCUCGUCUCCCUGACCGUGGCUAUGGUCAUCCUUUGCACCUUCAGGAAGUUACGCUGCACCCGGAAUUAUAUCCACAUGAACCUCUUUUUGUCGUUCAUCCUGAAGGCCAUUUCUGUCUUUGUCAAGGACCGGAUUCUGUUUGAAGACUUUGAAUCGGACUGCUCCGUUUCAAAGACUGGCUGUAAAGCUGUGAUGGUCCUUCUCCAUUACUGCAUCAUGGCACAUAACUUCUGGCUGCUGGUGGAGGGCCUGUACUUGCACACUCUGCUGGUCAUUUCCUUCUCGGAGAGGAAGUACUUCCGCCGGUACAUGCUCCUUGGCUGGGGGUUUCCACUGCUGUUUGUCAUCGCUUGGUCCCUCAGUAAAUACUACUUUGAAAAGGAUGGGUGCUGGCAACUCAAUGACUCGUCCCUCUGGUGGAUCAUACGGGCCCCAAUUCUUGUGAUUAUCUUGAUCAACUUCAUUCUCUUCGUGUGCAUUAUCCGCAUACUGAUACAGAAGUUGCUCUCCCCUGACAUUGGACUGCGUGAACCCAGCCAGCAGUACUGGAGGCUGGCAAAGUCGACUCUUCUCCUGAUACCCCUGUUCGGAAUCAAUUAUAUCGUGUUUGCAUUCUUCCCUGAUAGCUUCAGAGCAGACAUAAAGGUGACCUUUGAUCUUGCCCUCGGAUCCUUUCAGGGUUUUAUUGUGGCUGUCCUGUACUGUUUCCUGAAUGGUGAGGUUCAGUCCGAGCUGAAGAGGAGAUGGAGACGAUGGCACAUUGAUAGGUGUGUGGGUGGAGAAGUGACGUACCACCAGCCUUCCACAGGCAGCAGUGGGACCUGUUGCACCUCCCAGACCUCCAUGUUAACCAAUUCCAGCCCCAAGACCCGAGGGUCCACCAUUCAAGCUAAGUUUUCCAUUUCCUCGACUGAGGCACCUUGAGACC